UUGAGUACCCACCCAGGAUAUUCACAUGCAAUAGAGGAAGUAGGAGCAGCCAGACUCAACAUGUGCAGCUCAGCUGUGACUCUAUUCAUACCGAAAGAUGCUGUCAGGGAGCAGGCUGCUAAUAGGACAGGAGAGAAGUGUGGGGGGUCAAUUGGCAACAGCUUCAAUGUGACAGGAAGAGGAAGCGGUUAGCAGCUACCUGGUAAAACAUGAGGCUUGUCUGUUCCUCUGUCUCGACACUGCCUGUAGAUCAUCUCAGUCUUUCCAAAUAUAGAUUAAUUUGCCAUGUAUUCAACUUAAAUCUGGAGGGAGCAUCUCUAACACCAUCCUGCCUGGUACCGGUGUGACUGUUUGGAGGUGAAAUGACGCAAAACGGUGUCAGUAAAGGUUCCACAAAGAGAGGAGGUGAACUUAAAAUUGUGAUAGUGGGAGAUGGAGGCUGUGGGAAAACAUCGCUGCUGAUGGUUUACGCCAAAGGUGACUUUCCAGAGAAAUAUGCGCCAUCAGUGUUUGAAAAAUAUGUGACCACUAUCUCUCUUGGAGGAAAGGAGAUAAAGCUCAACCUGUAUGACACGGCUGGACAGGAAGACUAUGACAGGCUGCGGCCGCUCUCGUACCAAGAAGCCAAUCUGGUGUUGAUCUGCUUUGAUGUGACCAACCCCACCAGCUUUGAGAAUGUCCUGAUCAAGUGGUUCCCAGAGGUGAGGCACUUCUGCCGGGACAUUCCGGUCAUCCUGAUCGGCUGCAAGACCGACCUCAGGAAGGACAAAGAGUGUACGAGGAAGCUGAAGGCCAUGAAUCAGGAUCCCAUCACUUACACGCAGGGUGAGGAGACCCGGCAGCAGAUGAAUGCAGAGCUCUACCUCGAGUGUUCGGCCAAGUAUCAGGAGAACGUGGAGGACAUUUUCAGAGAGGCCACCAAAAGAACUCUGGCCUUCAAUCGCAAACACAGGAACUACAAUAAGCAGAAGAAAUGUGUGGUUCUGUGAUGUCAAAAGCACAGGAGGAGGUGUGAUGACUUCAGUUUUUCUUUCUUUCUUUUUUUUUUUAAAGAAACACUCUCUCACAUUGGGAGUGGUUGGACAUUCAGAGGCCAAAGAUGCUCGCUGUCAGGGCAGAUGCGGGAGCAGCUUGGGUUGGGGAUGCGGGGCGAGGAGACACUAAGUCUGCACCCCAUUGAGUCAUCCUCUAAAGUCACAAGAGCAAAUGACAUAACAGGAAAGACAAUUUUGCAAGCACCAGCAGUGCAACUUAAAAUACCUUCUGUCAAUAUAUAUAUUUUACUUAUAUGAGAAAUGUUACCUUUAGUAUUUUUUUUUAUAUAUAUAUAAAUAUUUUUCUAAUAGAAAGCUUUGCACUGUCUCCACAUGGUACAUUUUUAUUACAACACUGUGUAUUUUUCAGAAUAUUGAUUGCUACUUGUAUCUUUGUAACUUUUUUCCCCCCAAAGGUUUUAAUAAUGUUCGAUGUUUUAAAAACUGCUGGUUGAUCGCGAGCACUGUAGUUUUAACAGUUUUGAAGAAAUAAUAAAAAAUAAAUAAAUAAAGAAAAUAGUUUCAUUUCAUUGCCAGUAAAACAAGCACACGGAUCUGGAAUUUGUUUUGGAGCCCUGACAACUUGCAGCACGGCUCUUUAUCUUUACCGACAGUGCCCACUAGUGUUGGAACGACUGAAUAUGUUUUUAAUGACUGCAUGCAGUAACAAAUCAGUGAAUAACAGGUACAAUCGAUAUUGUAAUCUAUAUGUUCUCUCUCAGCGCACAAGAAACACAGAAAUAGUGUGUUUUCAUUAGGUGUUUUAAUUAUUAAUAUAUGUUUUCUUUUCUUUACAACAAUGUACACAGAUUGAGAAAGUGUCAACUGUCUCUUGUCACUGAUCAAACUCAGGCACGAGUCACAGUCAUGGGACAAACGAUGAAGACAUUGUUAAACAUCAGCUACAUCAUAAAAAUCUGGCAGCGCUCUCUGGCAUCAAAUGUAACAUUUUGGUCUAUAACUUUCAAUUAAAAAAAAAGUGAUGCACAUAAAUACUGAUUCUCUUCAGCGCGAUUGCUUGAUGGGAAAUGACAAAUGUAACGCUACUUCCUUUUGACUUUCCAGAUGAAAUGAGAUGGACAUUUUUUUGUUGUUGUUGUUGUUACUUUGCUGUGACAGGCUGGAGGGAGAAUAAGGCAUUGGAGAACCUGACACUACUACAGCUGUUCGUUUGAGCCCGUCUGACCUUUAGCUGAAAAAAAACAAAACAAACAAAAGACCCUUGUGUAAUAUCACAGAACAAACAUGACACAGUGACCAGACGACAUGACAGUGAACUAGGGCAGAGGCUCCAGAUCUGGUCAUAAGUUAAUUCAUACAAAUAUUUCUUAUGUUGAUUGUUAUUAGAAAAAAACAAUAAUCCAGCACAUUUUCAGUCAUCCCUCUGUAUUUUAAAGUCUUACAGUACUGGUGCUAAUAGCAGCAUUUGAUCAAAAUACAUUUCUAAAAACAUCACAUAACAAGAGGGAACUAAAAGCAUGUUGUUUUUUUUCCGGUUAUAGAGCAAAAUCUGUGCGUAGA